UGGGUGGCAACAGAAAUGCACUUUUCCCCCCUCACCCGUGAGCGUAAAAAUCGAAGACAGAAGAAGAAUUCCACCUCAGUGCGUGUGGUGCACAGGCAGACUGCUGCUAAAGCUUGUCGAAAGCGUGACUUUGAAGCUCUUGAACCUGAAAUCAUGGCCCAGGACAUGACUCUGCUGUGGGGCUCCGGCUCGCCUCCCUGCUGGAGAGUCAUGAUCGCCCUGGAGGAGAAGAAGCUGCAGGGCUACAACAGCGUACUGCUGUCCUUCGACAAAAUGGAGCACAAGUCCCAACAAGUGCUCGAUAUUAAUCCCAGGGGGCAGGUUCCAUCAUUCAAACACGGAGAUAUUAUUGUUAAUGAAUCCUAUGCAGCCUGCUUUUACCUCGAGAGUCGCUUUAAAUCCCAGGGAACCAAGCUGAUCCCAGACGGACCCGAGGAGCAAGCGCUGAUGUACCAGCGGAUGUUUGAGGGCCUCUCACUCUACGAUAAACUGGGUGCGGUCAUCUUCUACGACUACUACGUUCCCGAAGGGGAGCGGCUGGAGUCGGCUCUGAAGAGAAACAAGGAGACCCUGGUCACUGAGCUCAAACUCUGGGAGGGUUACCUGGAGAAGCUGGGCUCCGGUUCUUACCUGGCAGGAAAGGCUUUCACAAUGACAGACGUGGUUGUUUUUCCAACUGUUGCUACUGCCUUCAGAUUUGGGCUCUCUGCUGAGCGUUACCCCAAACUGGGGGCGUACCAUGCUCUGAUGAAGGAGAGGCCCAGCAUCAAGGCCAGCUGGCCUCCUCAUUGGCUGGAGAACCCCAAGGGACAAGACACCCUGAAGGACAUCUGAGCCGGACCGGGUCCGGUCACACACAAGAAGCCUUGUAGUUCAGCUGUAAAUCAGAUCCUCUGGUAAUCAACAAUGACUAACACAAGAGUCAGAUUUUGUUUUCUGAAAGGUCAAAAAGUUUCAAAGAUGGCGUCUUCUGAACUGUUGUUUUUUUCGACAGAAGAUGAUUUUAGUUUCUGCUCAGGAUGCUGGUGCCGUUU